AUCAAAGCUAAUUAAUAGGCGUUACAUAAGGGACAGUUCUGUUGGUCUAUUGUGGUGUAGCUAUUAUUGGUUUUGUCUUAGCUUGCGUUACGUAGCAAAAAAACAAAACAAAACAAAAAAAAAAACCCCACCAAAAACCCACGAAAUCACAGGCGCGUUUCGGUCAUCUUCAUCCGCAGAAAUGGCUGUAUCUAAGCCUGCGUUAUUAAAGGCGUUCCAAUUUUUCACGUAUCUGCCAGGUGAUCCCGAAGCUUUCGAAAUAACCUUUUAUUUUGAAGCCGCAUGGGAAGUGUAGCCGGAGUUGACAAAGGAUAGGAUGGCGAACGCUUCCGUACCCCCACUGAAUUUUUCCUGGAUAGAACCGCAGCUCGCUGGAUUAGCAUGGCCCUCCAGGAUACAGCAUUAUCGCUUCUUAAUCGGUAAUGGAAUUAAACAUCUGGUAUGCUUGUGUGAAUCAAAGCCUCCACAUUGCAACAGCAUUCCGGAACUGACGGUGCAUCAUCUUAGCAUAGCAGACUUCAAGCCACCUAGUCUGUCUCAAAUCCAGAGAUUUUUAUCCAUCGUUGAAGACGCUAAUUCCAAAGGACAGGGUGUUGGAGUUCACUGUAUGCAUGGUCAUGGCAGGACAGGAACCAUGCUUGCCUGCUACCUGGUGAAGGUGAGAAACAUCACAGGAAUGGAGGCAAUAAAGGAGAUCAGAGAGCGUCGUCCUGGGUCCAUAGAGACAAAAGAGCAAGAGCAAGCAGUGUUGAAGUUUCAACAAUACCUUCACGAGAAGAACUGCUCUGACUGUGCGAAUACUAAGACACAAUAGCAGAAGAUAUUGGUGACAAAAAAAAGCAUUGCAUUCUCAUUAAAAAAAAAUUGCUUAUCACACACAUUUCAGUGUUUUGCAUUGUAAAUCUGUUAUUUAUAAGGACCAUGUUGCUGCAUCACUAAAAACCUAAGCACAUAAUGGCAAGUUUGACUAUUAGUUAACUGCAGUCCUAAACAUUCCCUUGGUACUAACCUAAUCCUUCUUGAGCUGAACUGGGUGUGUAAAGAGCAGGAGAAACCGGUAUCUGUGCGGCAGGGGGGCUUCAGUUCAGAGGCUGAGAAACCCUGUGUUAAGUUAUUAAAGAUGAUAAUACAAGGAAAACACUUAUGUAAUAGAGGUUCACACACCCAUGUGAACAACAAGGUCAUUUUGUCUGCUUAAAAGAGCAUCCUGUAGUUCCCACCCAAGUGUACUUACAUGUGUAGCAGUAAGCUCCGCGUAGGUGUGGUUUUUAUUGUUGCUACAAUGGAGGACAGUUUUUACAUUUUCACCUACUUUUGUAAUCAUUUUAUUUUUCCUGGUGACAGGAAAUGUUGAAAUGUUUUAUACAUUAGAAUAAAACAUUUGAACAUAAUUAGUUAUGAAUGCUUAUCUGGUUCAAGUGGGCUAUGUAUGUGUUAUAAAUGUUCUGUAAAAUCCUGAAUUAGGAGUGUUAAAGUGUAAGAUAUGUUAAUGUUUAAAAAUGUCACUUUUUGGACAGAUAACUUGAAUGCAGAUUCCAGCAUUUAGACUCUUGUACAAUUUAUACUUGUACCACUAGUGUCUUCACUAAAAGCCUGUCCUGCACCAAGUAUCUUCAGUACAAUUCCAAAAUGACAGCAUAAUUAGUUCUGGAUACUGGUGAUUGACUGUGAAUGCAACUCUGAUUACCCACAUAGCUAAGAAAUUAAAGCACUUUCCCUACAAAGAAAAACAAUCUUACAAAAAGUGUAUUUUUUGGAAAAUCUGCAUUUAUUUAUGAUUUACAAAAGCCUAACGUAACAACCAUUAAAAUGAAUCAAAUAAAUUCUUUAACCUAAAAUGGAAAACAUGACUGUAUGUGUCAGUUUUAAAGCAGAAAAAUGAUAUUGACACUAUAGCCUUAUGCAUCAUUUAAAUUUACAAAGUUUGUGAACUCUGAAAAAAUAUUUACACAAACACCAGCAAGUCUACACCAUCAUUGGAGAUACAACCACAUCUUCAAUGCAAAGACAGUCUCCAAUACUGUAGUCCAAGAAAAUUUAAACUCAAAACAAGCAUAAUUAGGGCUUUUCUCUCAAAGGAAAAAA